AGCCAACUCGUUGUCUAGUCAGGCCGCACCGUCGCGCCGUCCCUUUUGGAGCGUCUCGCGUCCCGUCGCCGUCCUCCGCCCUCCCACACACACAUCGCGAAAUGGCACUCGCGUUCGGCUCGAUCCGCCAUUCGCUGUCCCUGUCCCUGUCGCGUCCACUGCCACUUCUCGGUCAGUUCGCGUGCCGCUCUCUGCCAGUCUCGUUGUCUUUGCCGGCGACAAGGAACUUAUCCUCCGAAAUGGGCCUUCCUCGUGUGUUCAUGGACAUGACCGUCGACGGCCAGCCCGCCGGCAGGAUCGUGAUUGAGCUCCGCAGCGAUGUGGUGCCCAAGACCGCUGAGAACUUCCGCGCUCUCUGCACUGGCGAGCAGGGCUUUGGCUACAAGGGCAGCAUUUUCCACCGCGUCAUCCCCAACUUCAUGUGCCAGGGUGGUGACUUCACAAACCACAACGGCACUGGUGGCAAGUCCAUCUAUGGCCGCAAGUUCGCUGAUGAGAACUUCACCCUGAAGCACACCGGACCUGGCAUCAUGUCCAUGGCCAACGCUGGUCCCAACACCAACGGAAGCCAGUUCUUCAUCACCACCGUAAAGACCAGCUGGCUCGACAACAAGCACGUCGUUUUCGGCAGUGUUGUCGAAGGCAUGGAUGUUGUUAAGAAGCUGGAAUCCUUCGGCUCUCACGAUGGCAAGACCUCCAAGAAGGUCGUCGUUGCUGACUGCGGACAGCUCUCAUGAAGUCCAUAUCUCAAUUCCUCCUAGCCAACUUAAAUUCUUUCCUGUGGCUAUCUUAUUCAAAUUAACUGAAUACCUCAUUCCCAUUAAUGUUUUUUUUAAUUUAUGAAUUGGAGACUGUUGCUGCAUUUAGACAGUAUAUCAUGUAUGCCAUAUUAUGGUGUUCUGUGAUGUUACCAUGCACCUUGUUGUAUUUUCAUUUGUGAUUAGUGGUGUUUGCUGUCUGUCUUGUGUUACAAAAAAAAUGAUUGUCCCUCAAACUUCAUUUUGAAUCAAUUUUAUGUGGUGAAAUACAUCUUGCCUUCAUG